AUGUCCAGCAAGCAGCACAUGGGCCGUCUGACAGCGCUCUGCGGCUUCAACGCUCAGCCCAAAGUCAAGAUACAAAGUCCUGCAGACGGACAAUAUGACGACCUUCACUGCAACAAACAAUAUCAUGUUUACAUCGAUGUGCUUUGGACCCUGGCCACAGUGGAACAUGGAUCUGAAGGCUUGACUCACUUUGGUUUCCACACUGGAUUCUACAUUGAGGAUUUGUGUUUGAUACCAAAGUCUAGAUUGGACGGUUACACUCAGCAUGAAAGACCCAUCACCAAGGAAGUUUACAUAUCCCACCACUUCCCUAAUGUCAACCUGAGUUGGACAAAAACCAAAGGAUCGACAGAGCUGCAGGAGCUGUGGAGGACAGGUUAUGCACGAGACCAAAAGGAGGCUGUUGACAUCAUGACCUGUGUGGAAAAGCGACACAUGAGCCAUCGGGUGGGGAGCAUGCUCCACCAUCGCUUCCCCAACGGCUUCACCGACUUGUUCAUGGACGAGACCGAUCGUGAGGUCAGCACUCUCACCGAUCGGGCCUUUCGAAGUCUCUGCGUUGGAGAUGAGGCGGUUUACAAUGACGAGCUAUUGUAUGGAUACUCACCUUUCAGCUGCCACAAACCUUUAGUGGGGGAUCCUCUUAAAAAGAGUCAUCACAAGGAAUCUAAAAACCAAGGGCAAAGCAAAACUGACAAGAACUAUGCCCAGCCGUGGAAACAGCAGCAACAGAAGAAUAUAUCCCACAUGUCGUCGUUCCUGAAAUCAUUAAGUGCCACAGAGGAAAGCUGUGACGGGAUGUUGAUCAAAAAUGGAGGUACAACAGAUUCUAACGGGGAAUCGUGGGAUAAGUCUGCACUUCGCAGCAUCCAAAGAGAGCUAUCGGAAUUCUCCUCGGAUUAUCAGACUAAUCUCACAGAUGGACAUUACAAGGACCAUCAUUGGCUUCACUCUGGUGAUGGUUCAUCAAGCAAAACAUGCAAAGAUGCUGCUCUUCCCUCAGGAAAAUCCUCAAAGAGCAAAAAUGGGAAAUCCACCAUUAAAGUCAGGAAACUUAACAUUAAAAACUUUUUCCUCCACAGCGAGUUUAGCCCUUUCCAAACAUGGAGAGAUUUUAACCGGUUCCCCUUUGGCCAAGAGGACACCACUAUUCUCCCCACAGACAAUAUACCUAAAUGGUAUGACUUGUCUUUUUACAAGGAGCUGACAGAGGCACACAGAAAAGAGACUCUGCAUACAGAGGAGGCACAGUCAGGCCAGAAAGCGGCAGUUGAGCCCCCUCCUCCCAUUGCUCCUAAACCCAUCCCUCCCCCUCCUCCGCCAAAAGUCCUGCCAAAGCCCUCAGCCACUCCGGCUGAGAAGAGGUGCUCAUCAGAAGGAGGGGAUGGGAGUGCUGCCCCCUGGAGGCGCAACAGGUCCCGGGCAAGAAGUGUGAUUCCACUCAAUCAGCCUGGGAUACCACCUCAGGAAAACUGUUUAAAAACAUUGGAUGAAAGUCCUUGGUUGGUCAAAAAGGAAGCUAGAUCUGUGGAGGUGAAAGCAAUUGAGGAAGUCAGCUCUUUGGCAUCGACUCCGUUCAGCAUCUGCCAGCUGAUGACUCCCCUAAUUCCCUCCAGACAACCGACAGAAACAUCAGAAAUCCUCCAAACUGUCUUCUCGCUCUCUGCACUCGACCUCCCACUAAGACCACACUCUGAGGCCAAACUGACCCCUGAACCUCCAGUCAAGCGGGACAGCUACAAAGCACUCGCCUCGAGCAUCCUCUUCAACCUCAAAGACAACAGGAAAAGGGUGAAAAGCCGUUACAGCCCUCCUAAAUUCAAAGCAUUAGAAGUGCCUGAGGGUGGCAUCCAAUCUCCACAAUCAGAUCAUCUGAAAUACCCACAAGCUUUCUCUGAGGGUUAUGCGUCAGGCUUAAGCACUCCUGCCAUUUUAAAAGAUGGACAGACAGUCUGCAGUCCUGUUUUGGAAUCUAACAGCACCCCAACUUUUGGUCAUACUAAGAAUGAUACUGAUAGACCUCUUUCAGAUGAUUAUUUGUUAUCAAAUCUAUUGCAAACCAAAAGGGAGGCUGCAGGUAGUCUUGGUGAGGAGAACCCCAUCUCCCCCUUUAUACACUCAAAAAAGAAUCCCAAGGCUAAAAAGCAGAACUACCCGUCUCUGAAUUUGUACAAGAAAGCCAACCCUGUUGACAGUGACAUGAAGUAUCUUCUAGUCCCUCUGAGCCCCGGUGCUCCUAUACAUGUAGACCAACCGACUGAGACAAAUGAACUUUUACUACUCACGCUAAACAAAGAACUCUCUCCAAAAGAACUGCCAAAAAACACAGGGCUUUCACCAAAUACUUUAAAUGUCAACAAAGAUCGUUCACCCAUAUUUGCACCCGAUGCACUUGAGAAAGAGGGGUUGUCAUCAAAUGUAUCAGUAGGGAAAAGAGCACCAAAUGUACCAGACAAAGCAAAACGACCUGUGAAAGACAUUAAAGAAAAAUACUUCAGCUCUAAGGAAAAAUGUACUAGUGGACAAUCCAUAAGUACAACAGACGUGAUCAGAGCAGCAAGGGAAGCAAUUAAUGCAGCCAAACACAAAGCUCUAUCUGAAGCGCACUCAGGUAACAUGAAUAAGCACAUUGCAGACACAGAAGAACUGAGAGAGAAAGAAAUAGAUAUGAAGUUCUAUUCAAAAGAAAUGUUUGUCAGCAAGAGGGAGAGUUCUGAGCCAGAAAACAACAAUGUUUUAUCUCAGAGUAGAAAUGAACCAACAAUGGUCGGCAGAAGAGGUAUUGUCAAGAAAGAGCCCCCGCCAGUUCCAAAGAGAAAUUUUGCUAAAUCUGAUAUUCAACUCUCUCUUGACAACCAGCAAACAUAUAAUGUGGACAAGCUCACUAAUGGUGAUUCGGGGGAUGCACAAUUAGAUCUACCACCAAACGAAAAGGAAUCGCUUCAGAAACAGGGCAAACUUAAACAUGUAUUCUCAGCCAGACAGAACAAUUACAUAAAAUAUCAGAGAUAUGCAGAGACAGAUGAUGAACAAGGAGAUGAGUUUGAGGAAGGUGAUCUGAAAGUGAAGACAGGAAUGGAAGCGGAUGAGGAGACGAUGUCGCUUAGAGACAGCGAGCAUAUAAUUAAUGAUUUGCAUGCUUUGAAAGAGCUGGAGAAAGCAAGGCUUGGCGAUCGUGUUCUGGACACCACAAAGAACACAUCAGGUGUUAUUAACAUAGACGAGGAGACGAGGGCUAAGAAUGAUUUGAUCUCAAGGGAGCUGAGGAAUAUUAAGAAGGGCAUGCUGUCUAUGAGAGGGAACACAACGUUUAAGAGAGAACUAUUUUCACAGAAAGAGAAGGAUCAGAACAAGCAUGAGACUUUCACAAAGGUAGACAAUAACGUCAUAGUAAACAAAACACUUAUAAAUAACAACUAUGACAGAGCAAAAAUGGCUCUUGAAGAGAUCAUCUCAGACAGGCAGAAGAGAAAGAAUAGAUCCACAGAGCAGGAUUCAAAUCCAAUAUUUGAUGAGAACGCUGAUGAAAGUUAUGUAACAAGGGUACAGCAACGUAAGAAAGCCAUGAAAGAAUCUAUGACAGAAGCCAUGGACAAACAAAAUGGCAGCACUGUGGCACUAAAAGAGAAAGAUUUAAAAGAGAGGUUAGGUAACUUAAGAGACCACAAUCACAUGAGACAGAUCCUGUCACAAACUGAGCCUCCACUUGGUGAGACUCACAGAUCAGCUGGUCGGUUUGCGGUACCUGGGAUGGACAAAAUUGACGAUCCUAGCUAUGAAUCAGAAGAUGUGAAUUUGAGAGACAUAGUGAGACAAAUAUCUGAAGAGAGCGGAGAGAGUCUGAUGAACCAAAAUGAAGACAAAAAGGGAGAUGCUCCUCCUGUUCCGCCUAGGAGCAAAAAGGGAGGGAGUAGAAGAGAUGGAAGUGUUACUAAGGAGACAGAUAGUUUGAAAGAUGUAAGAGAAGAGGAUAUCUUUAACGAAGAUGUAAAGUGUGAAUAUGGUGAGGUACACUUAAAAGAGAUGAGGAGUACGGGCUCAGUAAAACAAAAAGUAGAUAGUGACCUGUCCACAAGAGAAGCCGGUCAAAGUGGAACCAGUCCUGUUAAAGAGAGGUGGGAUGUGAUGAAUAAUGCAAUUAUAUGUGAGUCCAUCUCACCUUUAAAAUACCCACAAUCUGAAAAUAGAUUGUUUUUAUCACCAGAGUCAAGAGGAAAUGAAAAUAAGGCAUUUAACUUGCAAGUAGAUAUGAGCCCAACAAGGGAAGCCAUGUUUGAAAAAAGCAAUGCCAGGCCGCAGGAAACAUACAAGGUUAAGCGGAAGGCUCCCCUAAAACCAGACCAUUUAAAAACACCAGAUGACAAUGUAACUAAUAAUUUAGUGCCAGAAGAACCUGACAAAAUAAAUAUAGCAAGUGAGGAAAUACAUGUGCAUGCAGAGGCUCUUGGUGAAAUGCCCAGGGAUAUAAUAUCACCCUUACUACUGGUAAAUGGUAUAAGCAUCAAUCAGAGCCCACCCGAUCAAGGCAGCUUGUCCUCAAAAUCAUCCUACUUCUCUGCAGAGAGUGCACUUCACAGAAACACUGAGACAGAGUCAAACGUGUACCACUCUCUGGAGAACUUGAUUGGAGAGGUGGAUGAGGUUGAUGAAGUGACGCGGAAUAUUUCACAAAACACAAAACAGGAUUCGGAGAGGACGGAAGUGGAAUAUUAUUCGUUGAGUGAACAUGAAAGCGAGCCGGAGGUUGUAAAGCAACCAAUAACAUCUCCUCAGAAAGAAACAGAAGUAGCGUACAUGGACAGCAAAGAAAGAGGCAAUACCACGGCAGAUCCAGCCUUAGCUCAUGAUGAAAAUAAUCAGACACCAAUGUCGCCCUCCAACAUUUUCUCACCAACUUUGGGGAUCCCUGCCUUAUUUAAGGUCAAAGACAACACUUGUAAUAAGGUGAAGUUGAAGACUGUCCAACCGUGGUCACCAAGAGGGAUUCUGAGUGCUUCAGAGAGGGGAGAGGAGUUACAUCAAGUGAAGGAAAAUCCAGAGCUCCCUCCGGCUAAUGAGCCUGUCACCAGAGGUAGCACACCGAUCCCGGAUGAAGUCUUCAAUCCUAAAGAUAUUCAAUCAAACAUUUUACCUUACCUGCUGCUGUCUCCUUCAAAUCUUCAAAGCGAAAACCCAAAGACACCACAAGUUGGAGGGUUCCUCACUGUCCCACAGGAGGAAGACAGAUUGUCUGGCGUGAGUCCGUCAUCUGAAGGAGUGGAGAGCUUAAUAACAAGCACAGCUGACACCGCUGAUGAGCUGGGAGCGAAUGGUGGAGUUUCGAAGGUUCCCAGUGAACGGUCUGGGUCCACCUGCAGUGGUAGUGAAAGCCAAACAGGGCUGCCUAAACCACCAGUUGUCUUACCCAAAUCUGAAAAGGCUGUUCUGAAAGCCAUUAAGCUGGGAAAUAGAAGGAUGAAGAAGGAGGAGGCACAGAAGUCGCCCCACAAGUCGUCUCAAAGCAGCAGCAAACAAAGAGUGGAUAGACACAAGAGCGACAAAUCCGAGCACAAAAGCAGCAGCAGUAGAACAACUAGCAAGAGCAGUGAGAUAAAUCACAGAGAAAAGACUGACGACGGUCAUCGUCACAAUGAAAGUCAGCACGGCAAAGACAGUCACGACCAAAGUGAGCAGCUACCGUGUGAAAGAAGAGGCCACAACAGUGAAAACCACCAUCACAAUCAGACAGACGUACGCCACAAGACUCAGAGACAGAGCCAUGAUUCUGUGGAAAGCAGUUCCCAGAACAAUGAAGCACUGCCCAGUGUUGCAACAGAAAGGACAAGGUCGCAGCAGCAACAAACACAUUAGAGAUAAGCCAGAGCAAAGACACUACAGUAACG